AUGAUAGAUUUUUUCAAGACCGAGGAUAUGGUCCUCUACGCUACUUAUGCUUUUCUUGGUGCAGCUCUUGCGAGUGCACUGCUCUGCAUCUCCAGCAAGAAGUUCAGAGUUGUGAUUCAGUUUUGCUAUCUCUGCUUUGUCAAACCGUUCACCCCAUCGUCGAAAACCGCCAAGAGCACAGGUGCCCAACAGCAGGCGCUCGAGUCGUUCUACCAGGCCCAGGCUAAGAUCUACGACCUGACCAGGUCAACGCUUCUGCAAGGCAGAGAGACCUCCCUGAAGCUGGCAGCUAGCCACCUUUCAAAAACCUCAGAUCUCGUGUGGAUCGACGUAGGUGGUGGCACAGGCUACAACGUGGAGCACAUGGACUCCGUUCUGCCGUUAAGAAAACACUUCAAAGCAAUCUACGUGGUUGACCUGUCGCCUUCCUUGCUUGAAGUUGCACAACAGCGAUUCGAUGCCAAGGGCUGGAAAAACGUCCACUGUGUCCAUGCCGACGCGUGCAACUUCUCUGUUGCCAACCUGCCUGCUGACUUGAUCACCUUCUCCUACUCUUUGUCAAUGAUCCCAACUUUCCAUUGUGCCGUGGACCAUGUUGUUUCCAUGCUGCACAAGAACGGAGUUGUUUGUUGUGUGGAUUUUGGAGUCCAAACGAUUGCCACCUCGCUAGCCAGAGUCAACACCCUUGGAGGAAUGACGAACAGACACAACCCGUGGAUAUUCCGCACGUUUUGGCGUACGUGGUUUGAGGCCGACCGGGUGUUUUUGGACCCGGCGAGAAGAGAUUAUCUUGAGUACAAAUUUGGAACACUCAAGUCGCUCAACCUGUACAACAAGAAACUGGGAAAUAUCCCAUAUUACAUCUGGCUUGGCUGCGAUAAAGACUGCUCGCCAGCCCUGCUGCACAGGAUCAAUGCGCUAGCCACCGAGUCCCCAUACCUGGCUCCCCAAGAUGAGUCGGUGGAGAUUGCCAGAAGUAAGGGCCACGAGGCGGCUCUUGACUCGCAGGCCAAAAAUCUACCUUAUCCGUCCAUCUAUUACCAGAAAGACGCCUAUCGGGUCUACUUCGAUGAACUACGACCAGAGUAUAAGCAAUUCAACGACCAGUACAUUUACGCGUUCACAUGGGAGGACCCAAGAGAAGAUGCCAGGAUCCUCAAGCUCUCGUCCAAAGACACUGUUCUAGCGAUCACUUCGGCAGGCGACAAUAUUCUGGCGUAUGCUUCUCUGCCUGACCCGCCUCGGCGUAUCCAUGGAGUUGAUCUUAACCCAUGUCAGGGCCAUUUGAUGGAGCUGAAGCUGGCAGCUUUCAAGUCUUUGAAAAGGGAGGAAAUUUGGAAGAUGUUUGGGCUGGGUAAGAUCGAGGGCUUCCGUGAGCUGCUAGUCACCAAAAUGGCACCCCAUAUGUCUUCGAAUGCGUUCCAGUACUGGUACGCCAACGGCGAGAAGACGUUCUGCGUGAACGGCCGCGGCCUGUACGACACGGGGUUCUCGAAAUGGGCUCUGCGAAUGGCCCGCUACGUGUUCAAGAUCUGUGGCGUAACCUCCGACGUGGAUGAUCUGUGUGCGGCAAAAACUAUCGAGGAGCAAAAACGCAUCUGGGACGAGAAUAUCAAGCCGACGCUGUUCAACCCAAUCGUCUCGAAGCUGCUGAUUGGAAAUCCGGUUUUUCUUUGGAAAGCGCUUGGCGUUCCGGCAAACCAGGCUGCCAUGAUGGGCCCGUCUGUGGUAAAAUACGUGAUCGAUACGCUGGACCCUGUGGUUUCCCGCUCGCUCAUCUCCAGCGACAACUAUUUCUACUACCUGGCUCUCAUGGGCAGAUACUCAGAACAGAACUGUCCAGACUACCUCACUGGGUCUGCAUACAUAAAAUUCUCGGCCAAAGGCUCAGCGUUGGAUAACAUCCGUCUUCACACAGACUACUUGAACGACGUCUUCGCUAGACUGACUAAGGAGUCCCUGACGGUAGCUGUGAUCAUGGAUCACAUGGACUGGUUCGACCCGACAGGAACAGAAGCAGAGGAGGAGAUUGCAGCACUGGACCAGGCUCUGGCACCCGGCGGCCGUGUCCUGCUCCGUUCUGCCUCCGCGCAGCCAUGGUACAUAAAAAAUUUCGAGAGGAGGGGCUACAUCUGCGAAGCUGCUGCCGUACGCGAGUCGGGAAAGAGCAUCGACAGAAUUAACAUGUACGCAUCCACGUGGUUGUGCAUUAAACCGGCCAGGCGGCACAUGAGCACGAUCAGGAUCUGA